GGUAUUCUUAAAUCAAUCAAAACUAAGCAUGAAUUAUACAAAACACACUUUCUUUCUAACAAUCCAAUUAAGGUGACGGAAUAUAAAAAGUAUGCUAACAAACUGAAUUGGCUUAAGAACAUUUGCAAAAAGAACUACUUUUCAAAACACUUUGACCUAUGUAAAAACAACCUGAAGGCAUCUUGGAAAUUGAUUGGUAUGCUAGUUAAGCGCAACUCAAAGGGACAAAACCCCAUCUCGAAAAUUAAACGUAAUAAUAGAGCUUACACUAAUAAGGCUGAGAUUGCCGAUCAAUUUAAUAAGCAUUUUGUCAAUGUGGGUCAAAACCUGGCCAAAAGAAUUGAAAAUUGUGAUGGAAGUCCGACCCAAUUCAUAAGAUCGACUCCAGUAGCUAGCUUUGUUAUGUCCUGUGUUACUGAAACCCAAGUAUGUUCACUAUUU